GUGCGGUUCCUUUCGCCCGGGCUCUGCUUCGCGGUCACUUCGUUACUGUGUUUGUCCCCCGUCGUCCCCGUGUACCUUUUCUACCUGUGAACGACUCGAAACCGAUCCGCCGUCGAUUUCCUCGUGUUCGCCGUGUGUUUCGCGGAACUCGACGAACGUGGUGCGAACAGACGACGCCCACCAAACGGAAACCGCUUCUGUCCAGCCGCCAAGAAGGGAGGAAAGACAAGGGAGGAAAGGGGAGGACCUGCAGGACUUUCCACCGGAUUCCUGAACGCCGUGGAUUCGCGUCGAGAGCUGGAUUGUAUGCAAAUAGCCGAGGAAAUAUCCGCCAGCUCGCUUCUCCACCUUUGUCCAGCCUCUCAUCGUGUCGUUACGCCGCUGACUAACGUUCUCGUGGAAGAGGUCCACUCCAGGCGAUCGUGCAUACCGCACGAUCAUUUUGCGCGCAGAGACGAAGUCUUCAACGAAGGAGCAACGGCAGUAUGAAAAGAAAAGUUCGAGCUCGACGAUGCACGUAAACGGCCAUUCGGCACACGGCGCGAGGCAAGAAAUGGAAAACGAACCAUGCGUCAGAGAAAGGUCAGCGAAUCGUGGACCCAGCAAAAUAUUCCGGAAGAGGUGGUCCCUUCGUUCGGAGAAGGAAAUAAAUUCGUCGAAGAGUCUUCCAAGUCAAGACGGAUCGAUUAUCGAGCGGACACUAAAAAUCGCAGAUUGAUUUCACGCCGAAACAAUUAAACGUGUCAAUUGGCCCUCGGUCUUAUCGAGUACGCGCGUGGAUGUUCUUAUUUUAUUUUUCUGUUCGUUGGUAAGACGAGUCACUCGGUCGAGGAGACAUGGUGCGAGACAUCGUAUUGGCUCUGUUUGCGCUUGUUAAUCAGUUCAAUUGAAUAACGUAUUAAUACGUCGGGGUCAUCGCGAGGGGUUAAUCGCAAUGUCCACGCCGGACACGAUGGACACCAUCGAUGAAGCGGAGCAGGCGUGGCACGAGAUGCUGGAGUGCGAGACCGGAUCCCUGUUGGGCCGAGUCGCGGACCUCGAGAGGCAAUCCUUGGCGCAGAGAGACGAGAUAGUUUGUCUUCGCGCUACUCUCGCGGACGCGCUAAGGCGAAUUGCUCAGCUGGAAGGACGCGAGAAGAGGGAAGAUGAGAGGAACGAGAGGAGAAACGAGAGAAUGGUGUCCUCGCCCUUGAGGAAUGGACACGCACCGCUUAGAAGUAAUCAAAAUUCGGUGCCCCAAAAAGACAUACGCUUACGCCAGACCGGUGGCUCCUGUCUGAGGAAUUCUUCGUCCUCGGGAUCUUCUCAGGAUGUCAGGGACUCGUUGUCCAGUCCACGAAGACCAGUCACUUAUACGCACUCGUCGCAGCUUCCUCAAAGAAGGUCGGUUCAUUACCAAUCAACUGGCUCGUUACACUCGGACAGUCCCAGUAGUAGUAGUGUUUCCCCGGUGCCAUCACCAAGUCCUAGAGCUACACCACUGCCGGUGGCCAGAUCACCGACAGCAAGAUCAAACGGGCCACCUCAAAGCAGCUUAAGAAGGGCGAAACGGUGGUCGUCGACGGGGGACUUUACGCAUUCGCCGCAAAAUCAGGGAAGCAAUUCGCAGCUUGUCAGUAGCAGAUUGUCAGCAUCCACCAAGUCUCUCUUCAACCUCUUCAAGCCGCCAGCGAUGAACAACAUGAAACACGGCACCAGAGACAUGCAGUACAACGAAGAGGAAAGUACCGUCCGCAUGUACCUGCGAGGGCGACCAGUCGUCCUCUACGUUCCAACGCCGCUGAUGGAGUCCUACGAUCUUCACAAAGUGAGCACACCACCCCAGAGCAAACUGAAACUCGACUGGGUGUACGGUUACCGAGGCAGGGAUUGUCGAAGCAAUCUGCAUCUGCUGCCGACCGGGGAAAUUGUUUACUUCGUCGCCGCCGUGGUGGUCUUGUACAAUAUGGAGGAACACAGCCAGAGGCAUUACUUGGGACACACGGAUGACAUCAAAUGCAUAGCGAUUCAUCCAAACAAAUUGGUGGUCGCCACUGGCCAAGUGUGUGGAACCGACAGACGGGACGCCAUGCCACACAUAAGAAUAUGGAAUUCCGUGAGCUUGACGACCCUCUGCGUGAUUGGCAAUGGAGGAUUCGAUGGAUCGAUCUGUUGUCUUUCGUUCUCGAAGGCAGACGGUGGAAAUUAUUUGUGCGCGAUCGACGAAACGUCCGAUCACAAUAUAUCGAUCUGGGAUUGGCAGAAGGGAGAACGGGGUACCAAAGUAACCGAGACCAAGUGCUCCGUCGACACGGUGGUCUGCGCCGAGUGGCAUCCGCUGGAACGGAAUCAAAUCGUGUCCUGUGGAAAGGGACACGUGUCCUUUUGGUCCCUCGACAACGGAGGGAUGCUUUACAAGCGAAUGGGAAUUUUCGAAAGCAGGGAAAAACCGAGAUACGUCACCUGCGUUGCUUUCAAUCAAAACGGCGAUGUUCUCACUGGCGACAGCAACGGUAACAUCAUCGUUUGGGGCAGAGGCACAAACACGAUCUCUAAGCUAGUGAGGAAUAUUCACGAGGGAUCUAUAUUCUCGAUCUGCGUUUUGAAGGAUGGUUUUAUCGUCACCGGUGGUGGCAAAGAUGGCAAAAUAUUGUACUUCGACGAAUCGUUAAAUUUGACAGGAGCGGAAGCACAAAUUGAGGACCACUUCGGAGGUAUUCGAACGCUCGCAGAAGGAAGAGGUUCGCAGUUACUGAUUGGGACGACGAGAAACUGCAUUUUGGUCGGGGAUGUUGGAAUGGGAUUCAAUCCAGCCAUGUUGGGUCACACGGAAGAAGUUUGGGGCCUCGCUGCGCACCCGACUUUGCCGCAAUUUGCGACAGCUGGCCACGACAGGUUGUUGCAAAUGUGGGACAGUCUCAGUCACACUGUUGUUUGGAGCAAAGACAUUGGGGAACAAGCACAAAGUAUUGGAUUCUCGCCAGAUGGCAACGUGAUGGUAGUCGGAUGCACCUCUGGAAAAUGGUUAGCAAUCGACAGUGAAACGAGAGAAUUGUACACCCACCAUAGCGAUGGAUCGGAACCCAUUCAGGUCUUGAAAUUUUCACCGGAUGGCACGCUUCUAGCACUUGGGUCCAGAGACAAUUAUAUUUAUAUUUAUCAAGUAAACGGAGAUGCAACCAAGUAUAGCCGAGUUGGACGAUGUAUGCCGAAGCGGAUACGAAGACGUAGAGGUCACUCGAGUUUCAUAACUCACUUGGACUGGUCAAUAGACGGGCAGUAUUUGCGAAGUAACAGCGGCGACUACGAACUACUGUAUUGGAAUCCUGGAGUUUGCCGUCAAAUUCCACAACCCUCCGCGUUAAGAGACAUAGAGUGGACGAGUCAUUCCUGUAUCAUAUCCUUUGAAACAAUUGGAAUAUGGCCCGAAGGUGCAGACGGCACAGACGUGAACAAUUGUUCCCGUAGCAGCGACUCGAAGCUUCUGGCGACUGGCGAUGAUUUUGGAAAGGUCAAAUUGUUCUCCUACCCAGCUUGCCAACCUAAGUCCCUGUGUCACACGUACGGCGGUCACUCGAGUCACGUUACGAACGUGUCGUUCCUCCAGGACGACACACGAUUAAUUUCCACUGGCGGAAGUGACACGAGCGUUCUCCAGUGGAUUGUAAAUUACUAAUUCCUGCUCGAUCGAUGGCAUUCACAUCGAAUCGAUUUACAUUCGAAGUGUCCUUCGUGGUCGAGCGGUUGGAAAGUGGACGAAACAAGCGGAAGGAAUACAUUUCGAAGCGACUGCGAGACGCUCGAAGGUUGAGAAGAGCCAAGCCUCUGAAUGGAAAGUAAAUCUCUGACAAUAUGGUCGAGAAACGUAAAAAAAACGGACGAACAGGACGUUCGCGUAGCGACUACAAGAGGAGUUGAGAAACUACGAAGAAUAAUGGCGAUGAUAUCGUAACGAGUCUUGAGAGUUAGGAACUGAUCGAUGCAAAACGGUAGGGAACGCCAGCUUUUCAGUAAAAAUUAAUAAAUAAAAUUAAUCGCGACGAAUGGAAGGAUGCGAAAAGUACUCAUUCCGUCGGGAAAUUUCAUUGUUUCCCGUUUAAAAGUGCCCUUCGCGAUCGGCUCGGUGGAAAGGAUAGGUUAAAGAACGAAUAUUCCUCACAGUGUCAAUUCAGGAGAAUUCAACGGCUGAUAAAUUAAACAGAAGCAACACGGUGAUCGUACGAAACGCGAAGCAUAGUCCUAGUUGAGCUGAAUCCGUUUCUCCAGCUUUUCUUCGCUGCGCAAAACUCGAAGAACUGGAAUUUUACAAUCUCGAGAGAUCCAAAGAACGAGAAGCGUAUUUGCUUCGCCGCUGAACCGAAAAUCUCAGAUAUAAGACGACAGAACAGAAUGCUUAUUAGGUACAAUUAAGGAAACAUUCGUUCAUUUUACCGUAUAAGUGUCCUUUACGAAUAAAUGACUGAAAGUUCUAAUGUUAAUUUACUAAACUGUAACUCAGUGUCUAUCGAUAACGCAUAACGAAGUGUCUUUUGCAUAUUCUACAAUAUUCACGACUAUUUUUCGAAGAUCGGUGCACCGACUAUACAAAUCUCUGUGCGUAUGUGUUUUGUUUUCUGCGUGAACACACGACGUAUACAGCUGUAGAAAAUCAAACGGUUCGCGUAAUUCAGCACCAGAGAUGGGCGAAAUUUGAUUCGAUUAACAGAUGAACGAAACAAACGUGUGGCCAUUCGCAUGAAAGCAAAAAGUAUGUAAAUUAAAGGAGGAUUAAAACGACAUAUUUGUUUUCUUUGUAUUUGUUACUCAAAAAGAAAACUUGCCCAUCUCUGGUCAGCACCGAGGUAAUUAGAUUGCACGGUUUUCGAAUGAUCGUAAUUAAUUAAUUAUUCAGUGAUUGAUCACUCUGGUAACUUCGAUCCAGUUGCUCGUGUCUGUAAAACUAUAGAAACGUGGAUGUUUUAUCGCGUAUAUACAUUUUCUUUUGUGUUUUUCAAACCAUCAGGUACUUUAUGAGUUUGUUUCUUGCGUAUGGUUGGUAAACAGUCACGUUGUCUGUGAAAAUUCGCAGGUGUAUUCUAUGCUACUAUAAUUUGCUCAGAGUUGGGCAUUGGUCGUACGAAUUUUUGUUUUGACGAUGAAUACGCUUAUUUUGAAGUCGAGAAGCUGAGAGAAGAAAUUGAAAUAUGAAAUUGAUAUUGAAAUAUUUAGAAAAAUCAAAAUUUAAAAAGAAAACAAAUUAUAAUUUUCUUCACUUUUGGACGCACGUUUAUAUGUACAAGUGACGUUUAGCCCAACUCUGACGUAUGUGUGUAAGUACGUAUACAUAUACUUCAAUUUGGAUGUCGAACGAUAGAAUAAUCGAAAGGGUCGCGGGGCUACCAGAAAUCCAAAGAAUCUCAUCACGAGAAGAUCGUAGCCUCGAAAGAUGAGACCGACGAGAUCUGAAUUUUGUUGGUAACGGAAAGAAGAAACUACUUUACCGUAAAAUGCCGUCCAAUAGGAAGUACGUAGCAUAAUAUGGAAAACGACGGGUAUGCUUGUAGAACCGAAUUUGUUGAUUCUACUCGAUUAUUAAACAAAACUUGAUCAGUUGUGUGCCAAAUGUAUCGCACCGUUUCGCGAUCAGGCUUCAUUUAAUACUUUAAGAAACGUGAUAGGACUCGAAACGGUUAGCUUAACGAAACGUUAAUCAAUUCCUUCAACUUAUUCAGGGAAGUGACAAGUCUUUUCUUUUGGUAUUCACAAUUUGUUGGUUUUGAGUAACUUAACUCCAUUAGGUUCGGUCAUUCGCGAGAUGUGAAAAUAUUGAUACAAUUUAAAUUAUGGUUAUUUAUACAUUUUUUUCGAGAGGAUUGAAACAGGAUAAGGUUAAAGGCAAACAAACAGAAUGGAGUUAAGGCGAAGACUCAUCGCGAAGAGGAUGAAUCGUAAAUAGUCACGUUGGAGGAAUUGGAUCGAAAUCGCCCGUAAAAAAGUACUUGCAGUUAAUUUGCCGACCAUGGGUAGCCGAUAUAAGGAGUCGGUUGUAAAUUGAAGUGCAAAAGGAGGAUAUGCAAGUCGUCGGCUUGUAUACCUAUCAAAAAGUGUACAUAAAUACGGUAAGAUCGCAAUGCCCAAUUAGAAUUUCCUUUGGCGUCCCGUAUAUUAUCUUUUCUAUUUGGUACGAACUAUUUUGCCAAAGUCCAACAAAGCAAGGAUAAUCAGUCUAUUUUCACUCAUCGUCAUUAUGUAAGAUAUAUACAUAUAUCUAUAUAUUUUAUUUAUGUCACGCCGAUGGACGUUUGUGCGUAUAUGUAUCUUUAACGUUUAAUAAAUCGUCUUUAUCGACA